AUGGUGGUGUCCAAAUCCGACGCGAUCAUCAUCGUCGGCGGAGGUGCCUUCGGCCUCUCGUCAGCCCUUCAUCUCUCUCGAAAAGGGUAUACCAAUAUCUCCGUGUUCGAGAAAGAUGACAACGUCCCACCUCGCUCUUCAGCAGCCAACGACUUGAACAAAAUUGUGCGGGCCGAAUAUGAGGAUCAGUUUUACACCGACUUGACCAUUAAAGCGAUAGAUGCCUGGAAAACGCCAUUGUUUGCUCCUCACUUCCACCAAACCGGCUUUUUGCAUUGUGUUUCCGGAGCCGCCCCUGAGAAGGCCGUCGACACAUUAAACCGAUUUCGCGCAUCAGCCGAGAAUGAUCCUAGGAUUAAGCCCCACGUUCUGCCUCUGAAGGAUGUGAACGAGGUCCGCCAGGCCUGCUGGCAGCUUGAUGGAGAGCUAACAGGAUGGCACGGUUACCUAAACCGCUUCGACGGAUACGCCCACUCAGCCAAUGCCCUGGCAGCAGUAUACCGCGAAACCCAGGCAGCAGGGGUCCGUUUCUUCCUCGGAGAACAAGGUGCCGUCAGCGAAAUUGUGUAUGUGAGCACCCUUGGAGGGCGUAAAUGCGCCGGUAUCAGAACUAAGAAUGGUCGCUUCCACCCCUCAUCAUUGGUGAUCGUUGCAGCCGGAGCCGGAGCCGGUCGCCUAGUUCCCGAAAUCGGCAAGGAAGUCGUGGCAAAGUCUUGGUCUGUUGCUCAUGUGCAUCUCACGGAUGACGAGACCUCUGCUCUCCGCGGUAUUCCUGUCACCUAUGCGCGUGAUUUGGGGUUCUUCUUCGAGCCUGAUCCGAAGACGAACUUGCUGAAACUUUGCCCGAUGGGUGGUGGGUAUAUUAAUACCGAUCCCAAGACUGGUGUCUCACAUGCGCCUGAGAAUGUGAGCGAUAGCGCUUUCUUGCCUGAGGCGGACGAAAAGCAGCUUAGAGAUCUGCUGCGUCAAACUCUUCCUUCGCUUGCGGACCGGCCUUUCGUUAGGAAGUCUUUGUGUUGGUUUGCCGACACCAACGACUCGGACUUUAUUGUGGAUUAUAUUCCCAGUACGUCCUCAUCUAUUAUCAUUAUGUCUGGUGAUUCGGGACAUGGUUUCAAGAUGUUCCCUAUUGUGGGCUCUUGGAUUACUGAUCUCCUGUCUGCACCUGAUAAUAAGCAGUCUGUGGAGCGGUGGAGGUGGAAGCAGCCUGCUGCCGAUGCUGAGAAAGCCGACUGGGGUGGUGAUGUUAGCUGGCGUCUUGGGCAGUCUACGGAGUUCACUUCGAUCCUACCUCCAAAGGCCUCGAAGCUGUAA